AUGCCCAACGACCCCUACGGAGACCUGAUAGGGCUGCUGCUGGUGCUCGCUGCCGCGCUGUUCCUGGCGGCCGUGGUGUGGCUGCUGGUGCGCAAGUACCGCGCCGAGCAGUCGCACAGCUUGGACUGCACGCUGCCCAAGCUGGCCAGCCCAGUAUUGACGCCCAUGAUGGAGUCGUCGCCCAUGAUGGAGGAGGACGAGCAGCAGUCGCUUGCGCUCGAAAACAAAAUGCAGAACGCCAGGGCACCCAUGACUCCAAGCGUCGAUACCAUUCACGUGCUCGCAAAGGAGUCGCUGGCGGCUGGAGAAUCGUCGGAUCGUCUCGCCGAAACCCAUUCGAAGUCCACCGUCGCAUCGAAGUCGGACGCCGGGGCCAGCCAGCAGCCGCCAGCGAAGCCGCAGGACCACCCGGAGGGACAUGGGCCACCCGAAGGAGCGAGCGAGCCCGUGAGUCGACAGAAAAAGAGGCACCGCCGGGACGCUCCAGGAACCGAGGAUCAGAGGAAGCCACCGUCGGUCGCGAAGGACGAGCUCAAGAUGGAACGUCGGGCGUCCGCGGUUCCCUCUGUUACCGGAGAUCAUACAAAGCCGACGGCCGAGCUCAAAGAGCAGAACGUGUCCAAGGCCUCGACCAGGCGCAAGCAGAAGCCCCGCCGCCAGGAGGCGACGUCUGUGGCGGAUUCUGCUAAGCCUUCCACCGCUAGAAAACCGGAAGUGAUGUCAACCGGGCUUCCUACACAGGAGGCGCCAGAUGCGACUCCCGGCACCGCAGAUCCCGGUAUCGCAAGCACGGUUCCCACUCCCGCUUCUAUCGACUUGGCCACCGCAAAGGAGGAUGACUCAAAGGCUGCGGAGUGGUCAUCAAAUAAGUCCGCUGAAAGAUCGCUGCAGAGGAAGACCAGGAGGCAAGCCCCCAGCGCCAACUUCACACGUGUCCCUGACGUUGCCCAAGAUGCCGGGGGCAAGCCAACCGCCGGUGGGCUGAACCCAGCGUUGCCUCCUGUCACUUCCCAGGCAAUCGCUGCUAGUGACAAGGCGACAGCGCAGGACCACGCUCUGCAGUCCACGUCAGCUGGAGCCGUCGAACUAACGCAGCCUAAAGAUGUCUCGACGGCUAUCGUAGACGCUACCUCCUUUCCACGGGCAUCGCCUUAUCUGUCUCCCGAUAGCAAGAUGACGACGGCGACAAUCUCGGGAGGUACGGAUGACUUCAGGUCGGCGUCAUCUUCGCCCGCGCCGAAAGAUGCUGGCAAGGUGGCCUUGGUGCCCGAGGUAGACGCCUCAUCAGCGUCGGUAUCUACCAAUGAGACCGACAUCAGGUCGCCCUCCGAUGUCCCCACAGCCACCGCCAAAUCUGUCUCUAACAGCGCAGAAGGCAUCGCCAAGCCCGUGGCAGCAGCAACGGACGAGACAGUUGCGCCGCAAACUUUGCUGGCCAUUACUGACAAAAAUUAG